AUGCCUUCGCCCAUUUUCCUCGUAUUCAAGCUUCUCUUGGAUCCCAACGUCAACAACAAGAUCGUGCUUCAGGCAGCGUACGGCCAGCUCAAGGUGAUUGGGCUCGCCAAGGUACUCUCAGCACUUGCGGGAGGCGCAAUUGUGGGAGUUUCAUCGUUCAUCAGAGUGCCCCAGAUCCGCAAGAUCAUCACCCCCCGCCAGCUUGACGACAGGAUCAAGGUGGCCAACGGAUUAUCGUUGGAGUCUCUUGGCUUGGAGACCUUCAACCAAUUGGUGCAUGUGGUGUUCAACAAGCAGAACAAUAGUGCCUUCACAAGCUACGGCGAGAGCUUGUUACUUGGGUUGCAAAACGUUGUGAUCAUUCUCCUCAUCAAGUACUACCGCUUGGUGCAUGCUGGCGAGAUCGACAAUCUCCAGCACUUCACCCUCCUGGAGAGAGUGGGCUUUGUGGGCACCAAGUUGUUGCCUGCCAUCGCAGCCAUUGCAGGAACCUCGAUCUUCUUCACCAAGAUCGCACCAACAGGCUUGGUGCUGGCGUUGCAGGUGGUGGGAAUCCCCAUCUCCAUCGUGUCCAAGAUCCCCCAGAUCCAGCGCAAUCACGCGCUCAAGUCCACUCUGAGCUUGAGUAACAUUACCAUCAGAGCCAAUCUUUUGGGUUCUGCGUUGAGGGUGUUCACCUCAGUCCAGGACUACAACACCAAGGCCCGCCGCAAGAAGAACACGGUCAACGACAAGGUUUUGGUUGCCGGUUACACGGCGAGCUUGGCUAUGAACUCGAUCUUGGUGGGCCAGUCGGUGGUGUACAAGAACCGCAAGAGUGAGGAGACCGAGGAGAAGAAGGACUGA